CUUGUACUCACUAAUAAACUGUCAGUAUCCAUGCACCAAAACGAACCCGACUUCAACCCGGGAGUCGGAAAAAUUUGGAACACUCACUCAUCGGAAGUCACCUGGCCGCUCAGCCGAGCAAGGCGAGAGUGGUCGAACACGUGACAUUGAUCCGACCCGCAUCCAAUCAGAACCGGCUUAUUGGAACGCUCGAUAGGAUUUUGUCUGAUGCUGCUAAUGAUCUCUGCUUGAGCCCUUUUGUCCUCCGACUCCGAGAACGACCUCCCCAUCUCGCCGUCUCAUAUUCGAUCGCACCAGCGACGGUAUAGCUCGCCCAUAAUGCUUGCCAGGUCGUGUUUGCGCUCGACGCGCACCUUCAAUGGCCUCCGGAACGGCCCUUCUGCUGUCACCAAGCGUGCCGCUUCCUCGAGCUCCAGCGCCGCCAGCGAUGCCUCUGCCACUCGAUUGAACCUGGCUGCCGCCGCCUCGACUACCCUCGCCCUCGGCUCCAUGGCCUGGUACUAUCACCUUUAUGGACCUGUUGCCUUUGCUAUGACUCCCGCUGAAGAGGGACUUCACGCUACCAAGUACCCUUGGGUUCAUAACAAGUGGUUCAAGACCUUCGACCACCAGGCUCUCCGCCGUGGUUUCCAGGUUUACCAGGAGGUCUGCCAGUCCUGCCACUCCCUCAGCCGAAUCCCCUACCGAACUCUCGUUGGCUCCGUCUUGACCGUUGACGAGGCCAAGGCCCUUGCCGAGGAGAACGAGUACCCCGGUGAGCCCGAUGAGCAGGGCGAGAUCCAGAUGCGCCCCGGAAAGCUGGCCGAUUACAUGCUGCCUCCUUACAAGAACGAGGAGGCUGCUCGAUUUGCCAACAAUGGUGCUCUUCCCCCGGAUCUGUCUCUUAUCAUCAAGGCCCGUCACGGUGGCUGUGACUACAUCUUCAGCUUGCUCACCGGCUACCCUGAAGAGCCCCCCGCUGGUGUCCAGGUCGCUCCCGGCAUGAACUUCAACCCUUACUUCCCCGGUACCGGUAUCGCCAUGGCCCGUGUCCUUUACGAUGGUCUCGUUGAGUAUGAGGAUGGUACUCCCGCCACCACCUCUCAGAUGGCCAAGGAUGUUGUCGAGUUCCUCAACUGGGCUGCCGAGCCCGAGAUGGACGACCGAAAGCGAAUGGGUAUGAAGGUCCUUGUCGUCUCUGCCUCCCUGUGGGCUGUCAGUGUCUGGGUAAAGCGAUACAAGUGGGCUUGGUUGAAGUCUCGAAAGAUCGCCUACGAUCCCCCUAAGGAGGUCAAGGUCCGCCGCUAAAGGGUCAACAUCUCAAAGUCUCAUUUGUAUACUAGUCGCCCCUAGAGCAGCUCAUUUGUCGGCGGUGGCGGGUAGAAAAGAAGCGUGGUCGUGGAAGGAAAGGUGGAUGUUAGAGUGUAAAUCAGAUGAAUCGUUUUCAAUACCUUAUUCGACAAACUACCUUACACUGGGAAAUAUGCAGGGCUGCUGGGUGGUAAAAAUGUGAAAGCUCUCUGUACUCGUGGCCGCCAGUUUCCCUAUCUUCAAUGCUAGAUAUACAUGAUUCUCAUGUCCUGAUCUGAAUAACCCGAGUUCAUUGGGUUCUCAUCACAAACCUUGGUCAAGUUUAUAACGGCACCGUUCAACGCCACCCCAGACUUAUAUCUUAUACUCCUUUAUGCAGAACGGAUUUCAGCUACACAGCUGACUGAUGUGUCAUUGUCAAUACUCAACAGAUGACAGUGAUACCUGGUGGGUCUUGUCUUGGGCUCAUCAGGAUGCCUUGAAAUGCCUUUUAGGGAGGGACUUUAAGUUUGUGUUAUUUGCCUGAGAUAUAACUAUCAGUGCUAUCCUGACUGUAGCCUCACUUAAUUCUAUAAUUCAAGUUGGCGAGAAUUUAUGACAAGCCGUGAAAACGAA